CGUGUGAGUUCAUGCUUGUAAUUAAAUUUAAGAAGAAACGAUUCAAACGAUUAAUCGUUACACUACCUACUUAUACUGUAAGUAUAUACACACGGCAGUUCAAGAAAAAUUUUUUAUCUCCCUUCACCAGCUUUUUUUACUUUUCGUCAUCCUGGUGUGCGUAGGAUUAGAUAUAGGUUCGCAUUCCCGUUAGAACAUUUAGAACGUUACUUUAACCGACUUUAAACUUAAACUAAUCAAAGUGGACGCCAUUCGUCUCUCGAUCGUCGUCAUCGUGGAAUGAGUUGGACGACGACGACAAGACGAGGCAAGAGGAGGCGAAAAAAGCUCGAGCUUUUGAAAAGCUUCGUCACGAAAAACCAAGAACGGAUAACAAUAUUGAAUUCAUCUCAAUGAGUCGAGCAGCGGACGGUAAUCGUCAUCAGGCGUCUUCGAAGCAGUCGGUGUGCUGACGACGACAACGGAGGUUAUGCCGAGCAAACUCUGCCGUUGUUUUUGCAUCACAGGAGCCGGAUGGUUGUUUGAGAUUCAAUUUGAGUUUUGAUGACUGAAUCACACAACGAGAAGAGCGCGGCGUCGUUGACUCGACACUGCUCUUGUCCCCGAGAUGAUCGAGAUCACCGCGAAAUUGAUGAACGGCUCGACUUUCUUCUCCAACGAAGUGAUCGAGUGCAUGGUCACUUUCAGCUGUCCGGCUGGAUCUGCCAACUCGACGACUUUGGCCAGCAAUGACGAAAGUCAAGCUAACAGUGAUCCAUCUGAAAAUCUUGCCUGGGCCAGUGUUCAGAUACACUGUCAGUGUUCGAUAAACGAGAAACUCAUUGCUGGUGAUAAAAUUAAAAAAGAUACCAAACCCGUUGCUGUUAAUACUGAUACUACGUUUGCACCAUCGUCAAGUGACAAUGGACACGCAGUGUUGAACAGUAAGCCUAAAAUCUUAUUUUGUGAUUUAAAGUUGUCACCAGGAGAGAGUAAAUCUUUUGUAUAUAAAGAAACCAUUCCAAGUGAUUCACCUCCCUCGUACAGAGGACAGGCUGUUAAGUAUUCUUAUAAAAUAACUAUAGGAGCUCAGCGCGUCAAUUCACCAAUCAAAUUGUUAAGGAUACCAUUCAGAGUGUUGUCUUUAAAAGAGUUGCCUGAUCUUGCUGCCUGCAAUGAUAGCUUAGAACCGAGUUCCAAUGGCCCUUUUUCAGAAACGCAAAAGGAGUCACCGGUUGAACUUGUGAUGCAAACACUUCAAAACAUAACAGCAAGACGUAGUCCUAAUUAUUACAAUAUAACAAACGGUCGUGGUAGAGUUGUGAGAUUUUGCCUUUUCAAACAUUCCUACAAACUUGGAGAAGACAUCGUCGGAACGUUCGACUUUUCAAACGCGACUGUCUCGUGCACCCAGGUGUCGGUAACUCUGCAGUCUGAGGAACACAUAGCCGAAGAUUACAAAAGAGGAAAGUCCGCCACAACCCUGAACAGCUACAACAAGCAUUACAUAGUCACCAGUUAUCUGUGCACCGAACUGAUGCUGCCAAUACCUUUUCACAUAACACCUGACUUUAGCACCGAGCUGGUCACUCUGAAAUGGCGAUUGCACUUUGAGUUCGUCACGGCGGUGAAACCCAUCGAGUUUCCAAAUGCCGAGUCGACUUACUGGCAAGCACCGUCGACCGUCGAUGUCGAGACCAUGGUCUGGGACUUACCUGUACAUAUAUAUCCAACUACGAUCCCUCCAAACAUCACUCCGUUAGUUCAGAAUAGCAUAGUUGUUUAAUACAUGAUAAAUUGUUAUAUUUUGCUAUACUUGUACAUACAAUUUUAAACGCAAUAACUUAACGACUUUAAUGAAAGAAAAGGAAGAGAGAGAGAGAGAUCUAAUAGCAAUAUUAAUUAUAUUUUUAUAAGCAAGAACUUGUUGGAGAUGAUUUUAUAGGAGCGAGUAAUGUUUGAGUACACGGUUUGUAAAAGUUCUUUCGAUAUCUAUAGAGAAUUGUUGAUCACGAGGAAAAGCCUACAGUUUGUACAUAGUGUUGGUAUGGAAGAUAAUGUGCAAUGUAGAGAUCAUUGUCACUUUGAUAAAGCAAAAAU